AGAAUUUUAUUUCUAAGCAAAAAUUGAUUUUAUGCGUUUCCAGUAUAAAUUUUCAUUAUAUUUAAUAUUUUUGUAUUCAACGGUCGAUGGAUUUUAUAGAUUGUGUCGUUAGGUUUGUUUCAUAUUCCUGCGUUAAAUCGCAGAAAAACUUUUCUUCUCCACGAAGUAUGAAUUCUGUUAGAAAAGUCGCAUCUCGCUUCCAGGGAAAAAUCGAUUCGAUCUUUCGUCUGAUUUCAGAGAUUAACUCGAAAGUUUCGCGUUUCAUAAUCCGCGACAAAGUAGCUUAUCAGUAAGGAUAAGCUACUUUUGAUUUCGCAAAAGGAGAAAACGAUGCCCGGCUUGGAGCGACUUAAUCGUUGCGGUCGUCUGAUCGAGAGUGCGCGAAGGGAUUUCCUGAAAUAUUAUCUGAAAAAAUGUCCAAGCCUGUUCCACAUCUGCUACGAUCCGAUCGGCACUCAUCGGAAAGCGAGGGCCUUUAUCGGAUUUCUCUUCGGAUUUGUCGCAGCUGUCGUGUUGUACGAGGGCAUAAUCGUCGAUCUACAAUUUGACACGUAUACCAGUAUCUCUCUGGGAGCCAUCCUUGUCGCGAUGCUAUCGAUAGGAUGUGCAUCAUCGAUCCAAGUGAGAUGCAUCUGUCUUUUGACAAUACCGACUUUCCUCGGCCGAUCCGGACGCAACGUUUUGAGGGCUCUUGUUCUGGGGUACGUGAUAGCGGGGCCGAUAUUCAAUUUAACGUACAACGGUAAAGAGGUGGUGAGAACUUUCGCUUGCACGAUGCAGUUAACGUACAAUCUCACUCAGACGCGCUUCGAUCUCAUGUUCAAGCCGUUCCAGCAGGCGGUGCUUGCCAUGAAAGCGGAUGCGAGCGAGUUGAAGGAUACUUUAUCCUCGGUGAGAGAUUUGAUGAGUCCGAUAGUCGAGGAAAUCGAAGGCGAAGAAGAGAUGAGGAGACUGAAAGAGGAGAACGACUAUUUGGAUGAGCUCCAGGAUGACACGAAGAGGAGCGACGAAAUCGAGGAGAAACAUGAGAAAGAGAUCGCGAAUGCAAAGUCCGAGGCGGAUGUUUACGAGGCGAAGUACAAGAAGAAGAUUGAAGCUCGCUGCGAAGAGCAGCUUAGCCGCGGUACCGAACGAUGCAGAGAUAUGUUUGCUGACGCUUACGACAAGUGUUACGAAACGGUGACGUUCUUUGCGGCCUGGCUGCUGUGCUGGCCGAUGAAACUCACCUUUGUGUGCAACCUGGUGCAGGCCCUCGGUGGAUCGAAUAUCUGCGAUCCCGAGGGAAAGGUGGACUCUGGCAUCGGGGAAGGCUACGUCUCUUUAAAAAGAGCCAAGGAUGCUUUCAGUAAAAGUCUCAAGAACGCAAAACUGCAGUACAAAGUGAAGAAGAUGCCGGUGAUUCUCGACCUUCACGACGCUACAGACGCUGCCCAUGCCGUGAUGCAUGAAUUCAACGCACGCAGAAAAGUCUUUGAGUCAGUGAUGAUCAUAAUCAAAAGAUGUCUGUCCUUCAUUUUCUUGAGAAUCAUCGUAAAUGCUCAGACAUAUCACGAGAAAUACCUGACUGAGAUCGAGCAUGACAACGUGUAUGUUACUUCGUAUUUCCGAAAGAUCGACGCGAGACGAAAGGCUCGCGGUAGUCUGACCUUGCUGCCCCUCAAGAAAAUCGAAAGAUCGAAAUUUGUGGAUCCGUACAGUUUGCGGCCGGGUGAAAUUGAACGGGUAAAUCUGUGCGGCCAAACGGUCAAGUUGCUUCUCGAAAUAAUCAGUGUGACGACAUUUUUACUGCUAGACAGGCUCUUCUUUGAAGCGCUCGAUUUGAUAAGAAGACAUUCUCACAUGGAAUAUACUCAGGCUGGUCAUCAUGACAUGACCUUGGAGAUUCGCGGGAUCGGAGUGAUAGCCUCUCUGAUACGCAGCGUCAUCCGCGGAUUCAACGUAAAGAAGCGAGUGAAGACCGUGGUGUCCAACAGCGCGUGUUUACCGAGAGCCAACAAAGUACCGAAUUAUAUCAUUCUCAAGAUCUACUCGAUGUACAUAAUCAUUUGGAUGCUGCUGUUCACCGCGGCGUACACCCAGCGGCUGCGGCGAGUAAUCUGCUCGUUCUUCUACAGGAAACGUGAAAAAAGGCGUGUGCUGUAUCUCUACAACGAGAGUCUGAGGCGUAGACUCGGGCACGUCAGGUUCAUGCGAGCUAGAGUCAAGACUUUGAUCAGAACUCGUCGAUUGGAGUACGAGAUGGAUUCGUGGAUCGCCAUGAGGCUGCGCUGGCCGACGUUUUGCGGUUGGUUGGCGAUAUUUCCCUGGGCACGUCGCAAGUGCCUCGUUUGCGGCCAAGUGGAGCCGAGAAGAGGUUCACAGUUCCAUAGAUGCACGACACCCGGAUGUCCCUUCGUCCAUUGUCCCGAGUGUUGGGACGACGUCGGCAGGAUUUGUUAUGCCUGCGCGGAUAUCGGCGAGACGGACGAUGAAACGGAUGAGUUUGAUACUCUCGUAUCAAAAUAGACGAACGAGAAUUAUGAGACGCAGCCUCCAAUUCUAUAUCUCGCUCUUGGAUUGAAGUACUACCACUGCUGUAACUUUUCUCUUGUGAGGAACUGGGGCUGGAAAUCGAUUGAUUGGAAGUAUUUGGAUUACUAUCCGACUCCGCCCACUGACUGGCUGGAGUCGUCGUCCGAUUGUGACUGACUGUGGAACUGGCUGAGUCUUGCUUUGCAGUGUAUUUUCGGUCGAUGGAAGAGUAACUUUUUUCUUCUUCUCUAUUAAAAAAAGAAAAAAAAGAAAAUGCACACAAUUCCUUUAGCUAUAGAUUAGUAUUUAAUUCUAAAAUUUUAACAGUAAUCCACAAUAUUUUAACAAUACUACUGCUGUGCUAGCUUAUGCAACUUGAAAAGGAGCUUUGCAUAGUAAUGCUUAACAAAGAACCAACAAAACAAACAAAAUUUUCAUGGAAUAUAUGAACAUGAAAUAAAUAAUAUGCUUGAUAAUACAAAAAUGAUAAUAAUAUUUAUGAAUACUGCAAUAUGAGAUAUAGAUUUAAUUCUACAAAUAUGACUGUUUACCUUCUUUUUGAGGUGCUGCGGUGUAUUGGUGUGGACGGCCCACUGCUGCCCUAAGUGAAAUGCAAACUGAUACAAUCUGUUCACAAAUGCCUGGCAACACGCACCACAAACAGUAGAAUUAGUUAAAAAGAAGCAAAAGCUAGUAUAUAUAAUACAAUUAAAAGUAUAAGCUUUUUUUUUUAAUUUUUGUUGUACGUAUAAAUGUACAAAGAGGAUAAGAAAAGUUAAAUAUAGAAACAAUUUUGAAAAUAUAUAUAAAAUUUAAAGAGAUAAUAGAAACAGUAAAAUUGAUGUGUAAUAUCCCGUCACGAAUAUAUAUACAUGUCACAUUCACACGAAUAUGUAUAUAAACAUAAAUUCAAAGUAAAAAUUAAAUAUGUAGAUUCAAAUUAAUGUCAUGAUACAAUUAAAAAUGUUAAACAUUUAUGACACAAACAAAAAUAUAAACAGUACAACAAUUAAUAAGAAGCACAAUAAUACUGCUGGUUAAUAUCAUUUUUAGGUAAGAUUUGGAAUAUUUGUGUCACAUAGUAACACGAUACAUUAAUAUGGACUUUAUCAUGCGUUUGCAUUUGAUAAAAGACAAUGAGACUUUCAAUAAAUAUGACUAGCUUUUACGAAUGCACAUAAUAAAAGUAUCACGAAAUAUAACUCCUAUUCUACAUCUAUACAAUGUUGUAACAAGACUUGUUAUAAGAAUAAAAAUUCAUACUUACAGA